AUGGGCGCAUUCGUCAAUAGAGCGGGGUGUGAGGUGGUUCUUGGGUUCGUUGGCGAGCGCGCCACCAUCAUAAGGAGUGUCAGGGAGCUAAAUGUAUCUAGUGAUGCAUUUGAGCAAGCGAUGCGUGCGUGUGCGUGCGCGGUAGUGGAGGCUGCAUACUGUUCGCUUGUUCAUGCUACGCUGCGUAGCGUUCAGCGUACAUUGCCACACAGAAGGAAGGAGCCGAAGUGGUAUUAUGCGAGUUGGUUAGGAGGAUGUGACUGCCCGAUAUUUGUUGGAGUGGAUGGCUUUGCAUACACCAAGAAUGGCCGCUAA